UCGGCUUUUUCAACAGAGGAAAGAAACUAGUCCAUUUUAGUGCUGUCCUGCUCUGUGGAAGAACGUCAAAAUGGGCAGAUUGUCAAUGACGUUAGGAUCGAUCCUUUUGGUUAUGGCUCUAGCGAGCAGCCAAGAUUUGCCAACCGUUUACGAGUACUACACAGAGGGCGGAAUUACGUCAGGCCUGGAAACUGGGUUAAACCAAUUCAGACUCAAUGGCAAGGACAUUACCCUGUACUCAGGCUCGAUCCACUACUACAGGGUGGUGCCUGAGUACUGGCGCGAUCGGCUGAAGAGAAUGCGCGCCGCCGGACUCAAUGCGAUCGAAACAUACGUGCCCUGGAAUUUGCACGAGCCAAAAAUGGGAGUUUUCGAUUUCGGCCAGGGUGGAAAUGAUUUUUCUCGCCUCCUUGACAUUCGCCAGUUCCUGCAAAUCGCACAGGAAGAAGAUCUCCUGGUCAUUUUGCGGCCUGGACCGUACAUUUGCGCCGAGUGGGAAUUCGGCGGACUGCCAAGCUGGCUUCUUCGAUAUCCUGACAUUAAAGUUCGAUCAUCUGAUCCGAUUUUCGUGGGCCACGUACGCCAAUAUCUAGACCAAUUGAUGGCACAGGUCGUCGACCUCCAGUUUACCAGUGGUGGACCGAUUAUCGCUGUUCAGAUUGAAAACGAAUACGGAGCUUUUGGCGAGCCUACAGAAAUCAAAGACAGGGUCUACCUGGGUGCUAUCAGAGAUGCAUACGUCGAAAAUGGCAUUCGGGAACUGCUUUUCACCUGCGACACUCCCGCCAAUUCGUCAGACACUGGCGCACUGCCAGGCUACCUUCAAAUGGCCAAUUUCAACACUGACCCUGAAAUCCAAUUUGAGCUGCUGAAAGAACUGCAGCCCGGCAUGCCCCUUAUGUCCAUGGAAUACUGGACCGGUUGGUUUGACCAUUGGUUCGAAUCGCAGCACAACUUUGGAAACACUCCAGAAAAUUUUGCAAGAUACUUGCAGACCAUCUUCAAUUAUAAUGCCUCUGUCAAUUUCUACAUGUUCCACGGCGGAUCGGCGUUUGGCUUCAUGAAUGGCGCGAACGUUUUUGACUUUUUCCCCAACUACGCUGCCGACGUUUCCAGUUACGAUUAUGGGGCUCCUUUAAGUGAGGCUGGAGACUACACGGAAAAAUACACCAGGGCCCAAGAGCUGAUUGCGCUGGACAAUAAAGUGCAAACCCUGACGCCCACGCCACCCGCGCAAAACCCGAAAACAGCCUAUCCAGCGGUUCCAAUGCAAGAAUUCAUCACCUACGAUCAGAUUAUUCAACAAAUCCCACCUGAACUUGUGACCCAAAUCGGCUCAGUGACCAACAUGGAGGCCCUCGAUAUCAAUGACGGCAACGGCCAGGCUUACGGCCUCAUCGUCUACAGGUCGCAAAUCGACUUGUCGACAACCGCCCAGCUGCAGAUCACCGGCCGAAUCAGGGACGUUGCCAUGGUCGUUGUGGACGGCGAGCAGAAAACCAAGCGGCCGGCAAGCCAACUGGCUCUUUUGGGAUUCGGCUAUUGGACCCAGGAGAACUCUACCUUUUCAUUGGAGGGUGCAGCUGCUGGUACGAACACGCUGGACGUGAUCGUAGAAAAUUGGGGCAGAAACAACUUUGGCCAACCGAGUGAUUUUGACCAGCGAAAGGGACUAUACGGAGAGCUCGCCGUCGAUGGAGUUGCAUUGAAUGACAUUACGGCUAUUCCUCUUGAAUUUAAGUCCUCCUGGGUCCAAGGACUGACUGGUUGGCAAACCCUGGUGGGUGGGGAAGCCCUUUCGGGUCCCCUGCUCCUCAGGACAACUUUCAGCAUCACAGGGGCGCCAACAGACACGUUCCUGGACAUGAGCGCCUGGAGCAAGGGCAGCAUUUUCGUGAACGGCUUCCAUCUGGGCCGGUUCUUCCACCUCGGGCCCCUGCGCACCAACUACAUUCCCGCACCGUUGCUCAAGGAAGGGCUCAACGAGAUUAUCGUGUUCGAGCACUACCUGCCAGCAGAUCAGCUCCAGUUCACUGACACCCCUAUCCUCGAGUGAAAACACCACAUGUAGAAAAAUUGAAAUAAAAUUCAGUGAUAAUUAAA